AGAUAAAUGCGAUGGGUGAGCCGGCUGGGCGGAGGCGAGCGCGGUGCAAAACGGAAGAAUUAUGUUUAUGGACGGAACGUGUUGAGCAUGAGAGAGCUGAGCGAGCGGGAGAGGAUGUGCGCAGCAUAGAAAUGGUGAGCUCGUUUCAUGUUGGUUUUUUACUAACACUAGUUCGGACCGGGACCGAGAGCGGGUGGUUUUGGGUUUUCUGUGAGAAAGAGAGCAAGGUUUCCCAGCGUGGUGUGUGCUCUCCCGCGUGUUGUGUUGCGGGAAAAGUUCGAAUUUCGAAUCGAACCCUUGAGGGGUGCAGCACAACAUCCAGCGAAACACUUCCCAGUGAUCAGUCGUCGGAGUGAGAUGUUCUGUGCGCUCUGCUGAAGAUCGAGGAUCUUAGUUCGCGGUUUUCAAGAUUGAUCAAAGUGUUUGGCAAGGAGCGUGGCAAGGCGGUGGCGGCGGUUGUUAUUGUGACUCCGGAGCGGUGGAAGCAGGUUGUUAUCGAAGAGACCGGACUUUGUGGUGAAGUCAGGAGGAAUUUGAAACAUUUCGUCCGUGACCGUGGUGGACCGCGACCGCGUGUGAAGCUCGCCGUUGAUACGCAAAUUAACUGCUGGCGGCGGCGGCGGCGUUUUUUGUUUUGUUGUCCAUGGUCGGCGGCUGUGGAAAAGACAGGUGAAGAGAACGCGCGAAUGAGAAGCAUUGGAGAGUUUUUCGCGCGGACGGUGGUGAAGGAAGAAGGUACAUCUGAUAUCUACGUAGUGUGGAGAAAGAAGUCAGUUUGGUUCGGCGGUGCGAGAGUUUGAUUAAUUAAGUGUGUCUUACGCGUGUACGCCUCGUGCUUUGGCGGUGCGCUUUUUUGAAUUUUCGGGGAGUUUUUGUGUGUCGUUUCCUCGGCCAAUCAACGAAGACGAAACCCGGCUGGCCUCGAGUCGGUGAUCUGCGAGGGAUCCGGUGGUCUAGAGAGUGGAAGAAGAAGCAAGGGGUGAAAGAAAGUGGUCAGGUGGCCAAAAAACAAAACAAGCAAAAAGAGCCUAUCCGGAGUUGAACCGGCGAUUGGCGGCACGGUGUAAAAAGUGUAAAAUGAUUUCGCAUUCUUCGUGGUCGUCGUGGGUCGUCGGACGUCGCGCGGUAAUUGAAGUUUAAUGCGAACAACGACUGUCCAUCCAUCCGAUCCCCGCGUGUCCCCUUGAGUGCUCCUCUGGGCUGUUCGGAGGGUCUCUGGAUAAAGGUCGUCGAAGAAGAAAGUGCCUCCCGCUUGGUGUGUGCUAUGUGAGAUGAUCUGCCGCUGAGCCGUAGUGUGAAGAAUUCGAAUUGGAAUGCGAUGGAUAUGAAAGUGGAAAAACAACGCGAGUUUUGCGAGGAAAAGGUCUUCGGCUGCGAACGGGGCUUUCGCCGCUGAUCUGGCUAUAAAGGCGGAAACGAGGGCGACAUCAAAGUGCAGCGACAUAAAUACCUACGUACAUACUCACGCUCAUACGCACAGAGAGGCACGCAACUCGGUGAUCAAAGUGUUGGGAAUGGUAGAAUUAGAAGUUUGUUUGGCCAUAUAAGCAGCGGGCGCAAUAAUUGGAAAGUAGUAAUUCGACAUCAAACGAUAGAAGGUUGGUGGGGAUCAAAGAAGAAGUGUCGAGAAGAACCCAAAGGUGCCAGGAAGGGAGGGGCGGCAGCAGUGUUUUGAUUCGUUUGGCAAAGAAGAAAAGCAACGUGCAGGAGAACGUGAAUCUGUGCGAGAAUGAUGAGACGGUGCAGUACGAUGGGGAAGACUGGCGCAUGCCAGAUUUUACUUCGGACCACGCUGGCGGUGUGUUUGAUGGUGGCGCAUUUCUCCGUGCCGUGCCAGUGCCGAGCGGCGACUGCCCUGAGCUCGGCGGUUAACCAGCGACAUCGGCAGGCAAAUAUUUCCAUCGAAAGUAACUCGAUUCAACGGUUGGCCGCAAACAACGGUGGUGGUGGUAGCGAAACGGAAGCGUCGAACGGGGCGUCAUCGUCGCUGGCAGCUGUCAGUUACGGUGAGCAGCAGAAUGGCGCCUCGGCUGGGGCCGGUUCCUCGUCGGACGGGGACGGAAGCAACAGUAGCAACCAGCUGCCGGCAGUGACCUCGGCGGCGACGACGAUCGUCACCGUCCAGAAGGAACUGAAGCGGGUGUUUCUGUCCAAUCGGACCGUCACCUGUAACGAUGGAUCUCAGGCGGGGUUCUAUCUGCGGAAGUCGCCUGGAUCACGGCGGUGGGUCGUGUUCUUCGAAGGAGGCUGGCACUGCUACGACCACAAGUCCUGCCGGGCCAGGUGGCUCAAGCUCAGACACCUGAUGACCUCGGCUCAGUGGCCAGAAACCCGAGACGUUGGUGGCCUGCUAUCGCCGCUUCCGUCGGAGAACCCGUACUGGUACAAUGCGAACCACGUGUUCGUGCCGUACUGUAGCAGUGACUCGUGGAGCGGAACCAAGGUGAAACCGGACACGCGAGAUGGCUUGCGGUUCAUGGGAUCGUUGAUCGUGAGACAGGUGAUGGCCGAUCUGAUUCCGCUUGGGCUGGGACAUUCGCAGGGUGCCGAUCUGCUGAUGGCCGGUUCGUCUGCCGGCGGCCUGGGAGUGAUGCUCAACUUGGACAAGGUCCGCAGCUUUCUGCAGAAUGAGAGAGGUCUCAAGGUGGCCGUCCGUGGCGUCAGCGACUCCGGCUGGUUCCUCGACCGGGAACCGUACACACCGGGAGCGGUGGCCGCCUCGGAAGCCGUUCGCCAGGGCUGGCGCAUGUGGGACGGAGCCCUGCCGCAGGCUUGCGUAGCCGAACACCCGAAGGAACCAUGGCGGUGCUAUUUCGGCCAUCGGCUGUACAACACGUUGAAAGCUCCCCUGUUCGUGUUCCAGUGGCUGUUCGACGAAGCACAGAUGCGAGCGGACCACGUGGGUGCUCCGGUGACGCCUCAACAGUGGGACUACAUCCACGACAUGGGUGGUGCGCUGCGGGAGUCCUUGAACAACGUGACUGCGGUUUUCGCUCCAUCUUGCAUUGGGCACUCCGUACUGACGAAACGUGACUGGAUGAACAUCAAAAUCGACGAUGUCAGUUUGGCGGAUGCGCUUCGGUGUUGGGAACAGUCGGACGUACGGGAUCGACAGGUUCAAAGACGACAGUCAAACAGGAAUCCAAGCCCACAGAAGAUGCGACGAAAGCACAACGGUGGCCGGAGGAAGAAGCAACAGCAACAGCUGGACGAUAGCCAAGGUGGAAACGGACCGGAAGAAGUUCCGAAACCCAAGUUGACCAAAGAAGAGAGACAGAGGAGACGACAAGAGCGGCAGCUACAGCGGAGAUUGAACCGGUUGAAUAACAAGAACAACAACAACGGCCGAGAAGGUGGAAGGAAUCAUACCCGCCACCAGCAGAGAUUGGAAGAAACCCAUUCAACGAAAGUUCCUAGACUAGAGCGAUCGCCAAAUAGUACCGGUAAAAAUAGUAAUAGCAGCGGAAGCUCUAAAAAGCAGCCGAACCAGAACGAACGACAUCGACUGCGGAAUCAGAACAAGAAGCGAUUGAACCACAAAAACCGCAAUCGCAAGAACAUGAACAACCGAAAGAACCAACAGCAGCAGCAGAAUGCGAAUCCUUUCGGGCUGGACCUGGCCGAACCAAAGAAGUGCUCUCUGAGGUUACUGGAGCGAUGCAGUUGGCCCCAAUGCAACCACUCCUGUCCGACGCUGACGAAUCCGCUGACGGGCGAGGAGAUGAAAUUCCUCGAGCUGUUGGCAUCGUUCGGGCUGGACAUGGACGCCGUCGCGACGGCGCUCGGCGUCGACAUGCAAACCCUGAACAACAUGGACCACGCUGAGCUGGUCAAUCUACUGACGCAACAGGUCACGUAGCCCGGACGGACGUCACAACCCCCUUCCCAAUGUAAAUAGCUGAACAAAUCGACUAGGUAGAAGAUAAUUUAUUCGUUUUUGGUCGGAGAAGACCUCUUUAGAAGUAGCAAGAAAUUUGAUGAACUUCAAAUGGUUACGUAAUUCGAGCAAGAUGUGUUUCUAAGUUCAAAAUUUUUGUCGGCCCCACAGGCAGACGCCCCCUCCUCGAUUCGGUCCUUGUUUUCUUCAGAAAUGCAGCUCACACUUUUGUUGAGAUUAAUCGCAAGAUAGAAAUGAAACCCUGUUCAUAAUGCGUGUACAUAUAACUACCUAAGCAAUGCAAAGAGCUACAAAACAAACUAAAACCAGACUGAAUCAUUUACGUUUAGAAGCAUUAUUUAUUUGUUCGUUUGUAAGCCCCUGUGUACAAUAUAGAAGCUUUAGCCAGAGAUGAUUUUUAGCGACAGCCAACCCAGUUCUUUAAAAAAGUAGAUGUUCUACCGACAGAAACGUCGACCAAAAGUUGUAUUUAUGUUUUCGUUUUGCCCAAAAAAGAAGAGAAUAAUCUCUAGACUGUACAUACUAGCCAUGUAAGGAAACAGCGAAAUGACUACCUCACCGAUUACUUUAUAGAGAAGAGAACAAACAAUAGAGCAAAAGAAACAAAAACUGAAACUCGAAUAGCAAGGAAAAGUAAUAAACCCGGACAUAUUCGCCGAAACAAAUCAAUAGAGUCGAAACUCGCAGCCCUACACACACUGCAAAAAACGGAAUCAUAUAUUGUACCUGCAAUUAGUCAUAGUUAUAGAAAGUAUUAUAGAUAGAUUUUCCCGCCACUUAUCUUCCGCGCCCCCUGUGCUCUUCCGUGGACACUGUGUGACUCAUUUUCAAACUUCCAGAAGAUCUGCUACUUUAGGACCGUGUUUUCCCAGUUGCAUGGCUUUUAUCCCACAGAUAAAAAGCAAAAACGAAAAAAGAGAGAUGAUUUUCAAUGAUUUUUUUAUAUAUUGUAUUGAUUUGUACAUAAUUUAUUUAUAAGAGUCGACAGAACAAUAGGGACUUACGAGUAAUAGAUGAAGAACGAACUGUAAUCAGUAUCAUGUUGAAAAUAUUCAAAAAAUGCCAAGUGAAGAUAUGACACGAUGAUAAAUAAACAAAAAUGUAUUGAACCAGAA